GCUCGUGGUUGUUCUGGUGCUGUAGUGAGGGUUUGGUUAGAUCUCAGUCAACAGCCCGUAGAGCUGUGCGGAGGAGAACUCAACAACGAAACCAUUCAAUUGAUUUCGGCCACAAAUUUGCUCAAAAUUACUUUUCUAACGGCUCAGAAAGCUGUCGGCGCGAAAGGAUUCAAAGCAAGUUUCACCGAAAUUCGUGAUAAGGGCUCGACUUGCGAUCAAUUCCGAUGUGCUUCCAGUGGUUAUUGCAUUUCAGCCAAUUCUUACUGCAAUUCAAUUCAAAAUUGUGGUCAUUUUGAUCGUUCAGACGAACUCAACUGCAAAAAAGCGGUCGAAAUAGACUUCGUUAUGAUAGGAGGCGGUGUCGCCGCCGCUGUAGUACUGGUGAUGAUAAUAGUCUGCAGUCUCUGUCACCGCAAAAACAAGCGAAGACGUAGUGAUAGCAGUAUUACCGCUCAGUUUGACAUCUCUCGACCCAAACCCCCGCAGUUUGAGAUUCCGCCGUCUCUUCACUUCCUUCCUAUGGAUAGUGUAUAGCAUUAAGAAAACCGUUAACUUAUCACUCAAUUUGUAAAUACUGUUCAAAAUUCAUAUUAUUAUUAAAACUCAAUCAAAUUGUUGUCCAAAACAGAGAUUUCCGACAAAUAAAAUGUCAAAACAUGUAAAAAUAAGAUUAAAUUAAUUGUAAAUUAAUUGCCA